AUGCCUUCAAGAAAUGGACCUAGGUUUCAAGGGCGUACCUCAACUCUCUCUGUCCCAUCAUCCAGUCGUAUAUCUCGCUCUCCUUCAGUUUCAAGUGGCAAUCAUGUAGCUGCUACAGCGCAUGCUCGUUCUCAGCCCUCGCGGCGCCAACGCGUAGCAUUCAAAUCAUUGAAAUCUCACCGGGCAUCUACUCCACUAGCAAGGUCAGACUUGCCAGUGCAAAGUCCGAUUCAGGAUCAUAUUCCUGGGGCCGAGGAAGGCGAGGGGGAGAAUGCCGACGAAGACUCGCUCAACGAGGUGGUCAUGGCUGUAGACAUCAGGAACAAAGGCACCGUUGGUUGCUCUUACUACGUGGCACGGGAAGAGAAGUUGUACUUCAUGGAAGACAUGAAGCUAGGCGGAAUUGAUAUUGUUGAGUCAUUGCGGCUUUCCAUCGAUCCUACAGUGAUCCUGAUAUCUGGGCGAGCAGAUGAUGCUCUUGCUGACAAGCUUGAUACUAAAUACAACGAAGCUGCCACAGUUGAGAAUGACAACGAUGUAUUCCGGAUGCCUUACGCACUCGAUAUUCGUCCUUCUUCUGAGUUCGGAUACGAAUCUGCCAAAAGUAAGCUGCUGGGUUUGAAGAUCGGCUGCUUCGAUGGCCCACAUGUCUCAUUUAUUGUCCCAGGCGACGUCGUACGCGACGAUAGCCUCGAAUUGGAGGACAGCGAUGGAUACUCUGGGCGUCCAGGGCUCUUGUUGCAGUUGGCGGGAUGGAUUGAUCUGAACAGUCAAAUCACAGUCGGCUGCGCUGGUGCCGUUCUAGCAUACCUACAGAAGCGAAGAACCAACUCAUUCCUACCGGGAGACAUCGAGGCUGCUGCAUUCUUCCGCGUGUCUGAGAUUGCUAUGUUCACCCUGAACGAUACCAUGUUCAUUAACGCGGAUACCCUAUUGUCCCUGCAAAUCAUGCAAUCGGAGUCCAAUCCUCAUUUCCACAACCAAGGUCCGACGAAGGCUACCUCCGGUGCCAAAGAAGGGUUGUCAGUGUAUGGACUGUUCCGUCAUCUAGCACGAACGCCUCAAGGCAAACAGCUUCUGCGUCAGCAAUUCCUCCGUCCCAGCCUGAGCCUCGAGAUCAUCCACGAACGCCAACACUCAAUCUCCGUAUUUCUCAGCCCGGAGAACUCAGCCCACGUUCAAUCACUCGUUGCUCACCUCAAGCAGGUGCAAAACAUCCGUGUGACUCUAGUGAAGUUACGAAAAGGGAUUUCCGGCGGAUCCAACAAACGAGUCAGUCGCACGGUCUGGUCCACACUGCGUGAUUUCGCAUAUAAUUCUCUAAAGAUGGUAGAUUUCAUUUGUGAAAUUGCGGGCGGUGAGGAGCUUCGGAUCGUGGCGUUGAUUCGGGCGAAUUUCGACCAGGCGAAAUUUCAGUUCAUCGGGAAGAGGAUCCAAGCGGUCGUGAACUUUGAGGAUUCGGUCGCACACCAUCGUACUAUUGUCAAUCCAGGAGUCGAUGAUGUACUGGAUGAGUUGCGUCGGCAGUACGACGGUCUUCCAGAUCUCCUUGCAUUGGUGGACCGGACACUGAUGCAACAAGUACUGGUGGAGCUUCAGGAGCCGCUGCGCGUGCAUUACCUUCCACGGAUAGGCUUUGUGAUUGAGGUUUUCGCUGGCGAGACUGGCAUUAGUGAUGGCAUUUAUGGAAGUGACCCAAGCAACAGAUGGACUCUCGCAUUCACAAAUGGUCCGCUUGCAUAUUACAAGAGCGCGGAAAUGCAAGAAAUGGACGAAAAGUUCGGCGAUAUCGCAACCAAUAUCGCGGACAAGGAGAUCGAAAUCGUUCACGCCCUUGCACAGGAAAUUCUCGAGCUCGAGGAUAUGCUCAUUCGAUGUUCAGAUAUCUGUGGACAACUUGAUGUCCUGCUAGCACUGUCUCAAGGGGCGGCGCAGUACAACUUGGUAAGACCAACCGUCGAUGAAAGCAAUAUCAUCAAAAUCAAAGGCGGACGGCAUAUUCUCCAGGAACUCGUUGUUGACAGUUUUGUGGCGAAUGAUACCUACAUCGCUGGAGGUGGUGGAAAAGAGUACGUGGAUGGAGACGUGGAGGAUCACUCAACCACCGAAGCUGAAGACGACAGAGGACCCAAUAUGCUCAUGAUGACGGGGCCGAAUUAUUCAGGCAAGAGCGUGUAUUUGAAACAGGUCGCAAUCAUCGUCUACAUGGCGCAUAUUGGCAGCUUCGUCCCUGCUAGUAGCGCGGUCAUCGGCCUUACGGAUUUAGUCCUCACGCGGAUCUCCACACGCGAGACGGUUUCCAAACGACAAAGCGUAUUUAUGAUCGACCUCCAACAGAUCUCACUGAUGAUCAGUCUCUGCACACGUCAGUCACUCCUCAUCAUCGAUGAGUUCGGCAAAGGGACCGAGUCAGCCGACGGCGCGGGACUGGCAGCAGGUGUACUUGAAUACUUCCUGUCAUUGGAGCACGAAGCACCAAAGGUGAUUGCGAGCACCCACUUCCAUGAGAUCUUCGAGAACGGUUUCUUGAACCCCGGGCCAUCUCUUGCGUUUGCAUUCAUGGAGCUGCGAAUCGACGACGAAGCCGACGAGCCGAGUGAGCAGGUGACCUAUCUAUACAACCUCCGCGAGGGGCGCACGAUGAGCAGCUUAGGGACCAUGUGCGCACGACUCAACGGUGUCCCCGAGGAAGUGGUGCAGAGAGCAGAGGAACUGAUCCUGCUGGAGAGCCGUGGGGAGGAUUUGGUAGCGGCUUGCACGCAGAUAUCGGGGAGAGAUGUGAGGGACUUGGAGAUGGCGGAGGAGGUUACGAGGCAUGCCCUAGUAAUCGAGUGGGGUGAAGUGGAGGAUGCGAGAAAAGUGCUGGACGAUAUACUUGGUCAGGCUGAUGCGUUCGCUAGGAGCGUCAGUCAGGUGGUAGGAGACAGCCAGGACAUGUUGAUGAGAUGAAGCGGGGAUGACUGGAUCACCACCGGAUGGUCGGACAGUCGGAUAGUGGGAGUCACAGUUUGUGGGUAGGUUGUUCAUUUCCUUUGCUUCAUCAUCCGAAAUCACUUCGA